AAAAAAGUCACUUGGCUGUAAGCCCAAACGACCACCAACUACUAUAAAAAUCAGCCUCAGCUUAACAGCAGCAGCAACAGAAUUAUGUCUGGUGCAGCAGCAGUUUAACAGCAAAAAUAACCAAACUGAUUCUUCAUCCGUAUAGCAGCAACAGCAAACUAAUUUUGUUUUAGUUAGUUAAUUAAUUUUCUUUAUUUCUUCACCAGAUUCAGAUUUGUUUGUUAAGCUAAAUGUAUAUAUAUACAUUCUUUUGUAUUGUUAGUUUUAAUCAAUUGAAUGAAAUCAAUUUUUCUUCAUCAAGAUUCAUUUCUUAUAUGGUAUCAGAGCAUCUUGUUCUCCAUUGUUCUCUUCUUCGAAUUUUUUUUUCAGUUACUGUGUUCUGCAAGCUUCUUCAAUGGUGGAGACAGCAGCUAAUACUUCCAACACAGAGGCUUCAUCUUCUUUGCAAGAUUCAUAUAAUAUUGGUGAUCCUCUGUUCUUGCAUCCUAGCGAAAAUCCUGGAGCAAUUCUUACUUCUCAACCAUUGAUAGGGGGAGAAAAUUAUCCUGCCUGGGCAAGAUCAGUAAGGAAAUCUUUAAUUGCCAAAAACAAGUUAGGAUUUAUUGAUGGAUCUUUAACCAUUUCUUCACCAUUGGUGAAUUCUCCAAAUGCUAUUCAAGCAUGGAUUCGUGCUGAUAAUAUGGUAGGUACAUGGAUCAUUAAUUCUGUUUCACCAAAACUUCAAGGUAGUAUUAUCUAUAGAGAUACUGCUCUAGAAAUCUGGACUGAUCUUCGAGACACUUUCAGUCAAGGAAAUGGGGCCAAGAUCUUCAAUAUUCAGAAGCAAAUUGCUGAGAUUCAUCAGGGAGAGCUGUCACUCACUGAAUAUUUCACUCAGCUCAAGAUUUUGUGGGAUAAAUUGCAGAAUUUGAAUCCAUUUCCUCAAUGUACUUGUGGUCAGUGUGCGUGUGGGAUUAAUCAAAACUUACAGAAUCUUCAAGCUAAGGAGUCCACUAUGAAAUUUCUUAUGGGAGUGAAUGAUAUUUUCUCUCAAGUAAGAACUCAAAUUUUAUUAAUGGAUCCUUUGCCUUCUGUUAAUAAGGUGCAUUCUUUGUUUAUUCAAGAAGAAAUGCAGAGGUCUGUGCAUGAUGUUGUUAGAGUUGAAUCUACUGCUCUGGCAACCAAGAAUUCCAGAACCAAUAUUAAAGGCAAAGAAAGGCCCUUAUGCACUCACUGUGGAAAGUUAGGUCAUACCAUCGACAAAUGCUAUAAGCUGCAUGGUUUUCCACCAGGUUUCAAGUUCAAGAACAAUAAAUAUGCCACUGCUCAUCAAGUUUCAUCUAAUAUUGAUUUCAUUCAAAGGAAUAAUUCUGUUGGAUUUACUGAUUCUGCUUCAUCACAAUCUGUUUCUCAAGCUCCAGCUCUCACUCAUGAUCAAUAUCAACAACUUUUGACACUAAUUGGUUCUUGUUCUACUUCACAAUUGCCUAAAAAUCCAGAACUCCAUGCUGCUAACGCUGUGACUGGUCCAUCAAAUGUUGUUGCAGGACCUUACAUGUUGGAACACGAUUGGAAUGGGCAAAAUGCAUGAUGGUUUGUACUUGUUACAAGCUUCGAGUCUUCCUCAAGCCACUGCAUUUUUCCCUAAGCAGAAUCUUAAGGCUUUCUUUGCUGCUUGCUCUUCUUCUCUUUCUUUGAAUGUAUUUUCACUUUGGCAUUCAAGACUUGGACAUCCUUCUGAUGUAAAAAUUCAUUCUUUAAGCAGUGUUUUACCUUUUCUUAAGAACUGUUGUAAUAAAAUUUGUAUUGUGUGUCCUUUGGCAAAACAGAAGAGAAUUCCUUUUCCUUUCAAUAACAAUAAAUGUGCUUAUCCUUUUUAUCUUGUUCA